AUGGAGAUCGUAUCAAGACAACAACACGAAAGAGAAAACCCAUCACCGACGAAUUCUCCGUCCAGCCAUGGAAGCAGUAGCAACAGCAAUGGACAUACCACCGGCGGUGGCGCCGUCCAAACACCACCACUAACUCCAAGACCCGUUUCAAGAUCCGAACCAAAUCCAUACCCAACAACCUUCGUCCAAGCAGACACAACUUCAUUCAAACAAGUAGUACAGAUGCUAACUGGAUCAUCAAAACCGACCCACCAACCAGAUCCGGCGCCGACGAGGACAUCCAUACCGCCGAUCAAAACCGGUCAACAGAAGAAACAAGGAUUCAAGCUCUACGAGCGUAGGAACAGUCUGAAAAACGGGCUGAUGAUCAACGCAUCGGUGCCGAAGCUCCAUGGUCAUGGGUUAUCGCCGCGACUCCAUGAAAUGCUCUCUCCAAGCAUUCUUGAUUUUCCGGCGCUUGUUCUUAGUCCGGUGACGCCAUUGAUCGAAGACCGGUUGAAUAAAUCGUCACCGUCGAUUGUGGACUCUUCGGAAGAAGAGAGGGUAAUUGCGGCAAAAGGAUUUUAUUUGCAUCCGUCGCCUAGGGCGGCGACGCCACAUGCGACGACGGAGCCACAGCUGCUGCCUCUUUUUCCGUUGACCUCGCCGCGGGUAUCGGAGUCGUCGAUUUAG